UCUCCUUUUCCACUCGUUUCUCUCUUUCUCUGUACCUGGCUUACAUUUUGACAGCAAGCUGCUUUCUUUAGAGAGAGAAACUGCCUUUGUGUGUGACUUUCUAGAGAGAGAAAGAUAAAUCAGCAAUAGCCAUGGAUUCUUCAAAAGAGCGCGAGAACUUCGUCUACGUCGCGAAGCUCGCCGAGCAAGCUGAACGCUACGAUGAAAUGGUGGAUGCGAUGAAGAAAGUAGCGAAGCUUGACGUUGAACUAACAGUGGAGGAGAGAAACUUACUCUCUGUGGGCUACAAGAAUGUGAUCGGUGCGAGAAGGGCGUCGUGGAGAAUCUUGUCAUCCAUUGAGCAGAAGGAGGAGUCGAAAGGGAAUGAGACGAAUGUGAAGAGGAUCAAGGAGUAUAGGCAGAAGGUGGAAGCAGAGUUAACUGGCAUUUGCCAUGAUAUAAUGACAGUGAUUGAUGAGCAUCUUAUUCCAUCAUGUACAGCUGGGGAAUCCACUGUGUUUUACUACAAGAUGAAAGGUGAUUAUUACCGGUAUCUAGCAGAGUUCAAGAGUGGUAAUGAGAGGAAAGAGGCAGCUGAUCAGUCACUUAAGGCAUAUGAGACUGCUACAACAACUGCAGCCAGUGAUCUAUCUCCCACCCAUCCCAUUCGACUGGGCCUGGCUCUUAAUUUCUCUGUGUUCUAUUAUGAGAUUAUGAACUCUCCUGAACGGGCGUGCCAUCUUGCAAAGCAAGCAUUUGAUGAAGCUAUUUCUGAGCUGGAUACCCUGAGUGAAGAGUCUUACAAGGACAGCACUUUGAUUAUGCAGCUGUUGAGGGAUAACCUCACUUUGUGGACUUCUGAUAUUCCUGAGGAUGGAGAAGACCAGAAGAUGGAAACCUCUGCCAGAACUGGUGAGGGUGAAGAUGCUGAGUGACCUUGCUAAUAGAACCUUCUGGUCCUUGAAAGCCUGAAUGGAAGUAGGAUGAUUUCCCCUAGUGUUGUGCUAUUGCUUUAUUUCAAGAGGAUUUUUGUAGUACCUUAUCUCAGUUGGUGUUGAUCCCUGUUUCAGUCAACUAUGUAUUAGCAGAAAUAUUUGUUGGGUUAUAAUAUUGGUAGCCAACGACUAUUGCUGCUUUUUGACA